AUGAGGGAGCUUACGCGAGGAAAUAAAAGGAGACAUCAUUUUUUAAUCGGAGCAACUUUAGUUUUGGCUCUUUCGACCUAUAUCGAUCAGGCUCUGAGUUUACCUGUUGAUACUUUAAGCCAAUGGCCGACGUAUCCCAGAAGAAAUAUUGCAGCUCUUGCCAGAGAUGGAUAUCUUAAAAGCGCUUCUCCAGGAUUUAAGAGAAGCAUAUCAACGCUAGCUAAAAACGGCCAAUUGCCUACAUUCAGAUCUCCAAAUGGUGAAGCAGAUAAGACAGAAGAAGACGACGAUGAGGUUCAUGAUAAAAGAAACAUUGCGUCUAUAGCUCGUCUUCGUAGCUAUAGUGAUAAAAGAAAUAUUCAAGCUUUUGCUAGAGAUGGCUAUCGUGUUGGUAGGGGGCACUAUAAUCAGCCUAAUGAUAAGCGUAAUAUUGUCUCCAUGGCUCGCAACGGAAUGAUACACAAACGCGACGAAAUUAUGGGAGAUGAAUAUUAUUACCCAUUCUUUCAAAAUCCCCUGCCACCACUAUCGGAAAUUGAUGGCCCGUUCGAUAUGAAUGAAAUGUACGAUUUUCAACAAUCUAUGAAUCCUGACAUGCUACCCCCUUUAUCGCAAGUUUCCAAAGGUAGUGUUGUUCAGCCUUGUGGCAUAUCCAGAAAAUGA